AUGACAGCCUACACUAGCUGGACUGUUAAUCAAAACUACAACUACGAUAUUUGCUUUGUGAAUCUCUUUACAAAUUCAAAAAGUCAGCAUAUUCAAGAUUUACAAGGUUCUGAAGGCGUUGGUUAUAAUUAUCCACGAAAUGCGCUGAUCUAUAUAUUUGGUUAUCCAUACAAUUUGGCACAGGGUGAAAUAAUGCAAUAUUGUUCUGGUACGGCUGCAUAUUCAAAAUUUGGUAAUGGUUAUGUUGGUCAGACGAUUCCAUGUGAUAUGACAGGCGAUUGUUCUGGUGGUCCUUGGGUUUCAAUCCUUUGUUAUUUCAUCUGGUGUUGGUUAUAUUAUAUCAUUGAACAGUUUUACAAUCAAUGA